CCUCAACACGAGGGCGUCGUCAUCUUCUUGACAGCUCCAUGCUUGGGACAGGGCCAGAUUCCCUUCUGCUCUUCACCCUUUUCUUCUUCUUUUUCAGGCUACGCAACCAUGCAGGUCGAGACACCCUCUAGCAGUUCGGGGCUGGCAACCGAGGACUUUGUGAUUGUGGAUCGCAGCCAGGCGUCAUGUCCCCAGUACACGCUACCCACGACUAGCGCACCACCACAAAAGGACGACAGCAACAACGGCCACGUCUAUAAUGAUGCCACUCAAAGACAAACAGAGUCCAUCGUGGACCGCAUCGUCAGGGUCGGCCUGGACGAGCAAGACAUCAAGGCCUUCUACAACGUCCCAGGCUCAACGGCCCGCCACGACCGCCUUUCCACCUUCUACGCCACCGAGUUGGCGUCUCUGCCAGCAGCCGCUUUCGGGUCCCACAGCCUCCAAGACAGAGCAGACUACCUCUUGCUCAAGGGAUACCUCAACCGCGCACAGAGGAACCUCCGCCUUGAGAAAGAACACAAUGACGACGUCGAUGGCUUUAUCGGCUGCAUUUCCAGGCAGAUCCGCCCCUGGUGCGAAAAGCGACAACGUGUGGACCCCAUUAAACCACAAGAAAUGGCCACAAGCCUGCACGACACAGCCAGGCGAGUCGCAAAGUACAAGGCCGCGAUUGUAAACGAGAGCGGUCCCCCGCCCACACUCCCCAAGGUCACGGCAUACAGAGUCAUCAAGACUCUGAUCUCGCUCAGCGAACUGCUCGCCGAGACUGUCAGCUUCUACAAGGGUUAUGAUCCCUUGUUUGACUGGUGGGUGACUGCACCACAUGCGGAGCUUGCUACAGAACUGGCCGGCCUCGUGAGUGCCAUCCGCGCGCACAUUCUUGGCAUCCAACCAGGCGACGAGGACAUUAUCCUUGGUGACCCCAUCGGCCGCGACGGACUCCUGACCGAGCUGGAGGCCGAGCUCAUCUGCUACACGCCAGAAGAACUCCUCCAAAUUGCAGAGAAGGAGUUCAUCUGGUGCGAAGAGGAGAUGAAAAAGGCCGCGGCCGAUCUGGGCUUCCGGAGUGACGGGAGUGACUGGAAAGACGCUCUCGAGAAGGUCAAGAACAUGUACGAGCCCCCCGGCUCGCAACCAGUCUUCAUCCAGGCUCUUGUCCGCGAGGGCAGCGAGUACGUCCAGAAACACGACCUCGUCACCGUCCCGCAGCUUGCAGAGGAAGGCAUCCGGAUGUACAUGAUCGACGCGGCGAUGCAGAAGGUCUCGCCUUUCUUCCUCGGAGGGCCGUACCUGCAGGUCUCGUACCCGACCGCCAGCAUGCCCCACGCGGACAAGCUCAUGUCGCUGCGCGGCAACAACCGAUACUUCAGCCGCGCGACCGCGUUCCACGAAAUGAUCCCCGGCCACCACCUGCAGGAGUUUGUCGCGGAGCGGAGCGCGCGCGCGCGGCACCGGGCCAAGCUGUUCACGACGCCGUUCUACAUCGAGGGCUGGGCGUUGUACUGGGAGAUGGUGCUCUGGAACCGGGGCGACUUUUUCGUGUCGCCCGAGGACAAGAUCGGGUCGCUGUUCUGGCGGAUGCACCGCUGCGUGCGGAUCGUGUUCAGUCUCAAGUUCCACCUCGGCGAGCUCAGUGCCCAGGAGUGUGUCGACCUGCUGGUCGACCGGGUCGGGCACGAGCGGUCCACCGCCGAGGGCGAGGUGAGGCGCAGUCUGAACGGGGACUACAGCCCACUGUAUCAGGCGGGCUACAUGCUGGGUGCGCUACAGAUCAUGGCGCUACGUAAAGAGGCUGUUGAGGCUGAGGGCGGCAUGGGCGAGAAGGCCUUCCACGACCAGAUACUGGCUGAAGGGGAGAUGCCGAUUGAGAUGCUGCGCGCUUUGAUCUUGCAGCAGGACCUGAAGCUGGAUUUCAACAGCACUUGGAGGUUUUACGACUUGUGAUUGAGUGGGAGCAAUUUUGGGUAGUGUUUUGUUUUGUUUUGUUGUGCACAUAGAAGUUGCCGGGUCCGCGCCGAUGGGUGUGCCCGACAUAGCUGGGAGCAUGGGCGCCGCUUUUGAGCUUGCCCAACACAGAUUAAUUCAGAGUGACCAUAUUGUCUGACGAAACAGCGAGCUCCAUCGUGGCCUGAGAGCCGUUUUCCUCGUAAUCUGCACACAAGUCGGGGGAGAGUGGUAGCACAUCCAAGUUUUCUCAACGAUGCAUCUUCAGCACAC